UCGGGCUUCAUCCAGUCACUCUCUCUCUCUCUCUCUCCCUCUCCCUCAUCAUCCUCUGCAUUUUCUCUCUCUAAAACUAAGAAAAGACCCAAACCCGUUUACCCAUGGAUCGCCGGUCAAGUCUAGCCGUUGUGCUCUUCUGCAUUGUCGUUGCCACCGUCGGAGGUCAAUCUCCGGCAGCUGCUCCUGCCAAGGCUCCUUCAGCUGCCACCAUUAUUACCACUCCCCCUCCAGCUACUGCUCCUUCCACCUCCAAACCCGCUGCCCCGGUGACUGCUCCGGUUGCUUCUCCACCUACCUCUACUGCCACUCCCCCUGUUUCUGCUCCGGUCAGUUCGCCGCCGACCGCCGUACCCGUUCCCAUUUCUUCACCGCCUGCCGUCGCUCCGGUGAGCGCACCACCAGCUCCAGUGCCGGUGAGCUCCCCUCCUGUUCCUGCUCCGGAGGUCGCCACCCCACCUGCCACCACUUCUCCUCCCGGAGAAGCUCCUGCUCCUACUACUUCCGAGCCACCGGCCACCGCCCCUGCUCCUGCUGCCGGGAAGAAGAAGGGAAAGCACAAUGCACCAUCCCCUGCUCCCACCCCCGAGCUUAUGGGCCCACCAGCUCCUCCAUCUGAAGCUCCCGGACCUAGCUCCUCGUCUGAAGCCCCUGCUCCAGCUCUUAAUGACAACAGCGGAGAGAAAUUGAAGGUGGUAGGAAGCUUGGUAUUGGGAUUGGCCUUACUUGGCAGCCUCUUCUUCUAGAGAUUGAGAGAGACUUGUUAGAGAGCCAGAAGAGAAGAACAUCGUGUGCAUUUGUCCUCAUCAUCUUUUGCCAUUUUGAUGUGUUAACAUUGUUAUUCCCUGUUUUGGGGGGUCUUAUGAUGUUCAUUUAUUCUUAUUUUGAUUGUGAGAAGAGGAGGCAGAUCUUGAUUUGGAUAUCAUUCUUAAUUUUAGGCCACAUUGGCUUUUGUUCAUUCUUUUGUUGUUACUACUUUCUUUUCUGUGGGGAACCAGACAUCAUCGUAGUUGUAUUCUGUUUCACUGAUUUUGUAUUGUACUACUCCCCCCUAUAUAUAUAUUUAUUCCAAAACAGUUCCUUUCUUUUCCCUUUACUCUGUUUCAUGUAUUCUUUUGUUUUUGUUUCUAGUAUUUCCGAAUCUUCCUCUGGAAGGUCAAACUGUUAAGCUCCUUAAUUUUCUCAUUUAAAAAGACUUAAAAAAGACUAUUUUAUCCUUUUUUUUUAAAAAAAAAAAGG